GUAGGAGCAACAUUGAACUUUCCGAACUUACUAGAUCAAGUACGGUACCUGAGGUACCUAUGUCAUAUCUAUUCUAUACAAAAUGUGUCAAAAGGGACUCUGUCCUAACAGGUACUAACCUAAUCAUGUUCUCGUUAACUAGUCGAUAUGUCAGCUGCCAAUGCCUAUGGAAAUUUAACCCAAGAUUCAUUAUGACCACUAACGAUGCCUUCACUUCUCGACCUUUUGUGAGCAAAGUGAAACACAACAACGACAACAUAAUGGAUUCAUCACAUGGCCCACCAACAGGAGGAAAUUUCCAUGCAACAUAUCGCAAAUUUGAAAAUUCAUCCGUACCUGAAGUGUGGCAUAAACUCUUUGGACAGUUGGUCGAGCAUCGCAAAAAGGUUGCUGCAGCACAGGGUGUACCCAUCUAUCUGGUAGCUUCAAAUAAAGUCCUGGAGGAGCUAGCUAAGACCCGUCCGACUAAUAAGUUCGAGCUCUUAAAGGUGAAGGGUAUCCGAGAUCGGAAGGCUGAGGCAUAUGGCGACGAAUGGCUAGAGAUAAUUGCACAGGACAUUGCUAAGCAUCCCAAGACAAGCACUACUCAGACAAAUCUGCCUUUGGAGCCAAGAGACGAUUACCAGAAGCAGCAGGAAUCUGGGCCAUCCAAGGAGUUAUAUAGGCGUCUAGCAGAGCACCGGACAGCUCGCGCCGCUAUAGAGGACUGGCCCCCGUACAUAGUUGCAUCCAACUCACUCCUAGAAAACCUCUCUCGGGAGCGUCCCUCGAACCAGCGUGAGCUUCUAGAAAUUCGUGGUGUAGGAACAAGCAAGGCAGCUGAGUAUGGGCCUGACUGGCUCCAAAUAAUUGCAGAGUUCAAGGCCGAGUACAAAUCUGAAUCCCCUCAGCCGGCUAUUACCGGCACGCCUGAGACCUCACGUACUGCGAAGGAUACUCAACAACCACAGCUAGGUGAUCGACCAUUCAAACAAAGCCGGAUCAGAAAUGUUGGUCGUUCGAAGGAAAUCAUCCUAUCACAACUACCGAGUAGUGGGCUGUCACUAGAAGUUGGUGGGACGCAGUCGAAUGCCGCCGAAGCGUCGGCUGAAAAGGACGAUGGUGACAAUUAUGAUGAUCCAGACAUCGAAGAAGCAUUCAUGUCGCUCAUCACACCUCGUGAAUCGCCACAGCUAAAGCGUGAGCAAUCUAAUAGCUCGGUACUUCCUCACGAGACGCAAUCCUUACCUCCCAUUUCCAACCCUGUGAAAAAAGAAAAUUAGGUAGCCAAUGAGGUAGGCAGACGAAGUAUCUGGAAUACUAUGUACAAUUUGACGAAAUGGUCAGUCCCGGAGAUGCUAUGGGCUUGAGGUAGUAUGAUCGACUGUGGUUACAGUGUCAUUGGGUCGAGGAACGUGGAUAUUAUAAACUCAUGUGUCCUUCACGUAGCCACCCAAUAAAAGUCAACUAACAUCAAUUCGAAAACAGACAAGCAAGAGCCCCUGGGUGUCAUUUAUGACAUUAGCUGCAAGGGGAAUUGCUUCUCUAAACCUGCAGGUAGACCUUCCUUGACACUACCCAGCCAGUACGACCCGACG